ACAAGGCUUACGCAAUAAACGCAAAUAUAAAUUUCUUAUCACCAACCAGACAAAAGAGAAUAUGCGAAUCAACGAAGUGGUUCAUACGUCACUAAACCCUAACCACUCACUCGUCAACGCUUCCGUUUUCAUCCCCGUUUGAGUUUUGAACUUUUGUGGGUUUGAUUCAGAGUUUUACUAUUUUUCAUUUUCCCCAACAAUGGCAACCAAGAGGAGCGUAGGAGAGUUGAAGGAGGCUGAUUUAAAGGGGAAGAGAGUGUUUGUGAGAGUAGACCUGAAUGUGCCUUUGGAUGAUAAUCUCAACAUUACUGAUGAUACUAGGGUCAGGGCUGCAGUCCCCACAAUCAAGUACUUGCUGGGAAAUGGUUCCAAAGUCAUCCUCUCAAGCCACUUGGGACGCCCAAAGGGUGUCACACCCAAGUACAGUUUAAAGCCUCUUGUUCCCAGGAUAUCUGAGCUCCUUGGAGUUAAGGUUGAGAUGGCUAAUGAUUGUAUUGGUGAGGAAGUUGAGAAACUUGUGGCUGCAAUCCCAGAAGGUGGUGUUUUGCUCCUUGAAAAUGUGAGGUUCUACAAGGAGGAAGAGAAGAAUGACCCUGAAUUUGCAAAGAAGCUAGCUUCUCUUGCUGAUCUCUAUGUCAAUGAUGCAUUUGGCACAGCUCACAGAGCCCAUGCUUCCACAGAGGGUGUUACCAAGUAUCUGAAGCCUUCUGUUGCUGGUUUUCUUAUGCAGAAGGAACUUGACUAUUUAGUGGGAGCUGUUUCAAAUCCCAAGAGGCCAUUUGCUGCCAUUGUAGGUGGUGCAAAGGUAUCAUCUAAAAUUGGAGUGAUCGAGUCGCUGUUGGAAAAGGUUGAUAUUCUAUUUCUAGGUGGAGGAAUGAUCUUCACAUUCUACAAGGCCCAAGGACACUCAGUUGGAUCAUCCCUUGUAGAGGAAGACAAGCUUGAUCUUGCUGCAUCCCUUCUUGAAAAGGCCAAGUCCAAAGGGGUUUCUUUGUUGCUACCUACAGAUGUGGUAAUUGCAGACAAAUUUGCAGCGGAUGCAAAUAGCAAGGUUGUGCCAGCAUCAAAUAUCCCAGAUGGCUGGAUGGGCUUGGAUAUUGGACCUGAUUCCAUUAAAACAUUUAAUGAAGCAUUGGACACCACCAAAACUAUCAUUUGGAAUGGACCCAUGGGUGUAUUUGAGUUUGAGAAGUUUGCUGCGGGAACAGAGGCAAUAGCAAAGAAGUUGGCAGACCUCAGUGGAAAGGGUGCAACAACGAUCAUUGGUGGUGGUGACUCUGUUGCAGCUGUGGAGAAAGUGGGGCUUGCAGACAAGAUGAGCCAUAUCUCAACUGGAGGAGGUGCUAGCUUGGAGCUGCUCGAGGGCAAGUCUCUUCCGGGAGUUCUUGCUCUAGAUGAUUCCACCGCUGCUGCACUCUGAGUCAAUUUUUGGCCACUUUUCUUAUUGGUUCUACAAUGUAACUUGCACUUAUAUCUAUGAUGGACCAUCAUUGAUGGUUUUUGGAUCGUGGAGCAUUUUCGCUGUUGGGGCUGCGGAUUUGGGGGUGAAAAAUAAUGAAAUUUUGCUUGUUGAACAGUACUGAUAGUGCUUUAAGGUGGUGGUGUAUUUCCUGCAAUCACAUUUUGUAGUUUGGACGUU